AUGGGUCUCGGAGUCCUCGAGCCCAAGGGCAAUGAAAAGGUGCCUGGCACCACGCGAUACUAUGACGACCCUGAUCGGCCGCGCAUGGCCGGCGAGCACGAUGCUCAUCUCAAAACCACGCCUGGUGGCCUCAUUCUGACUCCUCAGCCGUCAGAUGACCCCAACGAUCCUUUAAAUUGGCCGAUUCGGAAACGCGAUCUCAUCACAUUCCUUCUUUGUUGGGCUGGCGUUCUUGCGACAAGUCUCGGCCCCAUCUUGGCCGCCAAUACUGUCACGCUUAUCGGCAAUAUUGCCUUGACCAUUACCGAUGCUGUUGUGCUGACCGGCUACCUUCUUGCCGGUGCUGGUGGUGCCGUUAUCUUCUUCGUCCCUUCUGCUCGUGUCUAUGGAAAGCGCCACCUCUUCCUCCUCGGCCUCAUCAUUGUCAUCGCCACCAGCGCAUGGGCUGGCUCAGUGCCUCUCUUGUCCGACACACCGGAGGAUGCGAGACGUCAUUUCCGAAGCAUGGCGGCCGCUCGCGCCAUUCAAGGUGUCGGAAUUGCUCCCUUCGAAAGUCUGCUCAACGCCGCUAUCGGCGACAUGUACUUUGUUCACGAGCGUGGUAUUCGCAUGGCCUUUGCCAACUUGGCCGUCUUUGGCAGCGCCUUCUUCACGCCCAUCGUCGUUGGAAAAAUUACUGCUAGCAUCGGCCUCGGUUGGACUUUUUACUUCGUGGCCAUCUUUACCGGCGCGACACUACCCGCCAUUAUUCUAUUUUGCCCCGAAACCGCCUAUCGACGCGAAGCCCGAUUCAACACGGACAUCUUCACCGAGCAAGAUGCAUUGCAGCCUCCGUCGUCCCACUCUUCCCUGACAAAUGAAAAAGCGCACCACUCUGGCUUCCGUGCUCUGCCCACCAAUCUUCCCCAGCCUUGCGGCGACGCCAACACGCCUCCCAAGACAUUCAUCGAGUCCAUGUCCUUAUUCGAUGGGCGAAAAACGGAUGACCCGUACCUGACACUGCUGUUGCGCCCUUUCCCGCUGUUGAUCAAUCCCGCAUUCAUCUGGGCUUGUCUGAUUCAGGGAACCAUGAUUGCUUGGACCAUCUUCAUGGGCGCUCUGGUUGCAUCCAUCUUUAUUGGCCCUCCUCUUUUCUGGGGAACUGCCAAAUCUGGUUAUGCAUAUACUGGCGCAUUUAUCGGUGCUUUUCUAGGCUUUGUACUUUGCGGUCUUCUCGCAGAUAUCAGUGUUCGCCUCAUGACCAAGGCCAACAAGGGCGUCUACGAGCCCGAGUUCCGCAUCUUGCUCAUUAUUCCCAUGCUCAUUACCAGCGCUAUUGGACUUUUUGGAUUUGCUCUCACCGUCGAAGACGUUGCAUCGCAAAACCGGUCGGUUAUUGUCCCGCUGGUGUUUUUCGGAUUCGAAGUCGCCGGCAUGAUUAUCGGAGCUGUCGCCAGCUCUCUGUACAUUGUGGACGCCUACCGUGACCUCGCCAUUGAAGGAUUUACACUCACGAUUUUGUUCAAAAAUUUCUUCAGCUUCGUCGUCACCUACUACGCCCUUGAUUGGCUCAUCGCAGGUGGUAUCCGCCGUGUCCUCGUCAUCAUUUCCAUACUGCAGGUCGUCAUUUGCUUGACCAGUGUUCCUAUGUACAUGUUUGGCAAGCGAGGCCGCGCCUUUUUUCACCGCCACGACCCUAUCGCCAUGUGUCGCCUCAAGGAACUCGAUGCCAUGUUGCGACGCCCCUUUCGCAAAGACCCUGCUGCUUCCUCUCAGUAG